UUAUUAAAUAUAUGAUAAAGAGUAAGUUUUUCUGCAUGAGAAAUACAGUGUGUGGCGGGAGAGCGUGACAAAAGACUGAAAUGAAUGACUGUCACUCUCAAUGCGUGAUACUUGAGAGCCCUGUGGAUCAGACUUGUUGUCCGGCGCAUCCUACAGAUUUAGAUCUAGUGAAUUUGGAGGCCGAGUCAACUUGAUUUGGUUUCUCAAACCAUUCCUGAACAAUUUUUGCACUGUGACAUUACACAUUAUCCUCCCACUGCCAUUAGGGAAUACUUUUGCCAUGAAGGGAUGUACUUGAUUUGCUAUUAUGUUUAUAACGAUUGUGUUAAUGGUAUGUGUCAAAGUAACAUCCACAUGAAUGUUAGGGCCCAGGAUUUUACAGUACAUACAGUAGUGUGCAAAGGUUUUAGCCGUGUGAAAAAAUGCUCUAAACUUAGAAUGCUUUUAAAAAUAGAAGUGUUCAUAAUUUCUUUUCAUCAAUUAACAAAUGAACAAAAGAGAAAUCCAAAUCAAAUCAAUAUUUGGUGUGAUGAGUCUUUGCAUUCAAAGCAGCAUCAAUUCUUUUAUGGACACUUACACACAGUUUGUGAAGGAACUCGGCAGGUCAGCUGUUCCAAACAUCUUGGAGAUCUAACCACAGAUCUGUGGAUGUAGGCUGUCUCAAAUCCUUCUGUCUAUUCAUGUAAUCCCAGUGAGGCUAAAUGAUGUUGAGAUUUGGGGUCUGUGGGGCACAAACAUCACUUCCAGGACUUUUUGUUCUUCUCUAUGCUGAAGAUAGUACUUAAUGACAUUGGCUGUAUGUUUGGGGUGGAUGUCGUGCUGAAGAAUAAAUCUGGGGCCAAUCAGACACCUCCUUGAUAGUAUUGAAUGAUGGAUAAGUAUCUGUCUGUAUUUCACAGCAUGACAUUCUCCAAGGAACCUUCACCAAUGCCUCACUGUUGCCUGCAGAUGCAGAUGCUUAUUAUUGUUCCUCUCUGAAGCCCUUCAGUGAACAACCUGCCUCCUUAUAUAGCCAAAUAUUUAUAAAAUUGUGACUCAACCAUCCAGAUCACCUGCUGCAUAUCAGUUCUUAUACAUAUUUGAGUCACUGCGACUUGGUUCCACAUCUAAAGGUAUGGCUUUGUGGUAUCAAUUGUUCUAUUAAAACUACUUCUGGCCAGACUUCUCCAGACAGUACAUGGGUCCUACCAUUUUCUUCCGGUUCUUUGUUGAUGGCAGUGUCGGAUAUCUUCUGUGCAUGAAGUGUCCAAGUCAUGUCAAGUCAAGAAGCUUAUAUAUUUACUAUAUAUAUUUACUACUAUAUUUAGCUGUUUAUCUGCUGCAUUACGUUUCCUUGGCUGACCACGGCAUCUACGGUCUCCAUCACUGCCUGAUUCAAUGUACAUCUUCAAAAUAGCUUGAACGACAAAAUAUUUUGAAAGUCUGCUUUGAAAUCUUUGCCUGUGAGAGACCUUGCUGAUUCAGUAGACUAUCAUGUGUAUUUUUGCUGUGCUCAGUCUUGCCAUGGUAUAUGACCUGUGACAUGAAAUUGUCUUCUAUAAUCUAACCUUAGUAGCAGUGUUUAGCUGUGUAUGCUUCAGUUAAUGACUGAGUUUCAAACUACAUCUGAAAUUGAUGAUCAUUAGAACGUGCUUGGUUUAACACUAGAUGUUGGAGCAUACUGUAGCUGUGGGAAUUUCUUAUUCAGUUACAAGAGCAUUAGAGAUCAAACACUGAUGGCAAAUGACAAGGUCUGGGGUGCAGUCAGCAUUCCAAUUAUUUCCAAAAAAUUUUCUCAGUGGGUUUUGAGGUCAGGGCUCGAGCUGAAGUUCUUCCACAUCAGCCUUUGACAUUGUAUAUAUGGAUUUCGAUUUGUGUACAGAGGCAUUGUUAUGAAGCAUGAAACAUGUAUGUGGUCCUUUAAUUCCAGUGAAGGAAAGUGUUAAUGCAUUAUAAUCACACUACAACCUUCUUGACCAUUGUGUUCUUCCAAUUUUGUGGCAACCGUCUGGAGAAGAAAGUUUUAGCUGUAUGGUGUCCAGAGAUUGUACCAGCUCCAGUUGUGUUUCAUGUCAUGUAGAUUACAGACUUUCAGUGAGAAGAGACCGACCCCGCGAUUAUCCUGAAGCAUCUAGAGAUGUACCAGCUCCAGUUUUAAUUCCACUUCAUGAGGAUUUCAGGCAGUCAAAGAGGAGAUACUAACUACCUGUCUUUGAGGAAAACAAACUCCUAAUCCUAAUCAAUACACAAAGGUCAGACUGUAUCUGACUGUAGAAAGGGCAUUAUUCAUAAUCACACCCUCUGGUGUCACCCGAAUGAGGAUGAGGUUCCCCUUUGAGUCUGGUUUCUCUCAAGAUUUCGUCUUCCAUCUAAGUGAGUUUUUCCUCAGCACAGUCGCCUGAAUCACCUCAGACUUGCUCAUUGGGGAUAAAUACAAACACAUUUAAAUAUAAAUCUAAUAUUAAUCUUUGUAUAAUAUUUUUAAAAUUUGUUUUAAUGCAGUACAAGAGACAAAUAAUGUAGGAUAAUAAUGCGUACCUGUGAAAAACAAACCAACCAACAUAGCCACAUUUCCAUUGCAGGGCUGGAACGUAAUGUGUUUGUGGUGUAAAACCACUUUAUGCAAAAGGUGCAAUCAAGUAAUGUGUGACCUUUUUGCAGUCUUUAACCAUGUUUAAGUUUUUCUUUAGUUCAGCUGCCUCCAUAAAAUGUAGAGAAACAGAAACAAGAAUUUCACAUUAUACAUUUUGUGCCAGUAUUAAAAAAAAAAAAGAGUAAUUAGUAAAAAUUUGUAAAAAAUUCAAAACAAAAAUGAGUUUGUGUUGCUUAAUUUGUGAAACAGAUCCACAUCUAAUGAAAGACUUAUUUUAAAACAUGUUUUUUUUUUAACGUUUGUGAUUGUUAACCUGAAAUCUAUUAUCAGUUCAAGAUAUGUUAAUUUUGCAUUGUGAUUCUCUUGAGUGUAGAAUUCUGGGUAAAAAUGCUAAAAAUCGAUGUCAUAGCUGCCUAUGGUAAUUUCAGGAAGUGAGAGCCAAUGAAGCGCAUCACAUAGCAUUAGUGUUAGUGUGGAAGUAACAGAUGCAGAAUGAAAUCGAAGUGGUUCGUCUUCCCAGCUGUGUGGACUAUUCUAAUUUUGCCAACUUUCUUUGUUACAGGUGAAAAUCUGUGCAAAAGAGAACUUUUAAAAAGCACAAACGUUUCUGCUAAGCUCCAGUCUGAUGUCCUGCUGCCGUGUAACCUCGAUCCAGUUCUCCUCCGAUCAAAUAAGACUGCAGAUGUAGCAGUAGUGUGGAAACAGAUAAACACAACAGCACACGGUUUACUGGAGAUCAGUCAGCAUGGACAAGAGACGUACUGGAAUUAUAGAGAUGGACGUGUUAAGCAUUUUCCUAAGCUCUCUGCAUCAGGAAACUUCUCCAUUCUUCUUAAGAAAGUGCAGCCGUAUGAACUGGGUCUCUACACCUGUGAGCUUUUUAAUGGGACCUGCAGUAUUGGGUAUCAGGAGAUACAGCUGGGUCAAAGCAAACAUCAAGACCAAUACACACAUCAGUCAAUAUGGAUUAUAUUAGGAGCAUUAGCAGGAGGACUUGUGCUGCUUGCUGUACUCACAACUUGGUUAUAUGCAAACCGACAAAGAAAUAUCAUUAUUGCCGAAACAGACUACGUCUCUGCAGGAAACAUCGAGGGCCCAGUAGCAGAGUCAGACAGAAACAAUCAAGUAAUUGCGAAUCCGAUAUAUGACAUUUAUUCUUGGCAAGAGACGAAUUACUGUGUGGUUGAAGAGGAAGGGAUUUCAUCUGAAACUCCAGUUUAUGCUACUGUCCAGAAAGGAAAAAAGCUCAACAAACCAUAAAGGAAGCCGUACUUCAUAGGCUGAAAAAAAAAAGUGAAGAUUGUUAUUAGUAAAUCAGCGAGAUAUUGUGAUGAAAUGCAUUGUUUAAUCUUUAAUCAUUUCACUCGUGUGUGAAAGCUCAAACUGACUGUAGACUUAGCAGCGAUCACUUUAAAGAUUAAUAUCUACAUACAAUAGUUUAGAUUUCAUUUUCAUUUAGAUUUUAUUGUCUUGGGUUUACACACAGAGCAAGCUGUCUUUCUCCUGCCUAAAAUAAAAAGAAAAAAUAUA